UCAAUCCAAUGGCUCUUUGACUCCUCCGCAAAAAUGAUCAAAGCGCUCGCUUCUCUUCUGCUCAUAGUCGCCUUCGUCCCCGCGCCUUCAAAAGCCAAACUGAGCAUCCUGCAACCCCAACCCGCCGUAGGGUUCAACGUCAGUCAUGUACAGAGCGGUGGGAGUUGUUCUUAUACCGUGGAUAUAACCACGAGCUGCUCAUCAACGAGGUAUACAAGGGAUCAAAUCAGUAUUUCGUUUGGGGAUGUUUAUGGCAACCAGAUUUAUGCACCGCGGCUAGAUGAUCCAUCCUCGAAAACGUUUGAGAGUUGCUCUACGGAUACAUUUGAGAUAUACGGACCCUGUGCGUAUCAAAUCUGCUAUGUCUAUCUUUACAGAACAGGACCAGAUGGUUGGAAACCAGAGAGUGUGAAAAUCUCUAGUCAUAAUUCCAGGGCUGUUUCGUUUUACUACAACACCUUCAUUCCCAGUGACAUUUGGUAUGGAUUCAAUUUGUGUCAGAAUGGUUCCUCUUCACACCGGCAAUGUGCUUAUGGAUGGUUUGUAUAUGUUUUAGUUGGGCUUCUUGUGUCGCUUCUCUUGUAGAUUUGUACUUGCCAUUGGUAUAAUGGCUUCAUCUGAAGGUUUUCUAGUCUCUAGUGUAAGUAAUUUAGGAAGAAAUUUAGUCUUUCACCUUGGAUUUGGUGAGAAGCGAUCAUUGUUAGGUUUCAUUUUAACAUUGAAUGAUCUUAUUUCCGAGCACAUACUAUUGUAGCUCAUGCAGAAAGUGGAUGGGUGAGAACAAUUUUCAACUAAAUUUCACUCCAUGUGUCAAUUAUAUUUUGAAUAAUAUGGAACACACAUUUGGUGCA